AUGGCAUCAAAAGAGAAAGAUACGCAAGAGAUAGAGACGGCGAAGAAGCUGAAGCAUGUACCCUGGUGCGAGGAAUACGAGAAGAUGAUCUCUGGGAUGCUCUACAAUUCUUUCAGUCCCACCUUGAUAGCCGCGCGCUUCAAAGCCAGAGCUUUCGCCAAUAAAUAUAACACAUGGUUCCCGGACCCCGAAACAACCGACUCGGGAAAAGGCUUCGAUAUCCUCGCCGCAGAACGUCUUCGAAUGCUCAAAACAGUCAUUGGCCAUGUAGCCGACGAUGACAUCUUCAUCGAACCGCCAUUCAACAUCGAUUAUGGCUGCAACAUCUCCUUGGGCAAACGCUUUUACUCCAACUUCAAUUUGACUAUCCUAGACUGCUCGCUUGUAACGAUAGGGGAUCGGUGCAUGUUUGGUCCUAAUGUAUCCAUUUUCGCGGCUACACAUGAAGCGGAAGUGCAAUCGCGACGGGACAACAUCGAAUAUGGAAAGCCUGUUGUGGUUGGUGAUGACUGCUGGAUUGGUGGGAACGUAGUCAUCUUACCCGGAGUGACGAUAGGGAGAGGAGUUACGGUGGGAGCGAUGAGUGUUGUGACAAAGGAUGUGCCAGACUUCUGUGUUGUCAUGGGACAACCAGCUAGGGUAGUUAAGAAGGUCGCAGAGGUUCCGGUAGAGGAGAGUGCAUCGUGA